AAUUAAAUAUAGUUUGGAAAAUAAUACAUGUUGCAAUAAAGCUUGCUACAUAACAUUCAACAAGCAUAAUGAUGUAUUUUUAAAUAAUUAUGUAUUAUUUAAUCAACACUGAUGCAACUGGUCUUGUAACUGAGCAUACCGCAUUUGUAACGAGCGUUCUCCUUCUGUUUGUCUGUCACGUCUUCCAUGAGUGCAUUUAUUCGUCUUCGAAUCGCCACCUCUUCCUGUAUUUGCAACAAUUUAAAUGUUGACAAAUCCAAAUACUUGCUCUAUGUGUUCUCCAAGUUCAUGCAGCUGUUUUGUGAGAACUUGUGUUAUGUAUAAUAUAUAAAAUAUCUAAAAUAUUUUUAAAUAAGAAUAAGAAAGAAGGCAAUGUUUUUAUUACAUAUUAGAAGAAAAAAGAAACAUUCUGAACUAGUACAGCAAUGGAACACCGUCCUCUUGAGUCGGUUUAGCAGCGCCAAGUAUUUCGAAUAAGUUACUUACUAAUAACAUCCUUCAGUGACAUUAAAUAUUUAGAAAAUUUAAAAUAUUUAUGAAAGUUUAGAAAUAGAAUGGGCCCCUCCAACGCCCAUUCCCGUGAGAACGCAACCAAUUUAUUUUUUCGUCUCUCCGAUUGAUCAUAGGAGGCAUGUGAGCAAUAACGCAUUUGUUGCAAGAAGCGUUCGCGCGAAUAACGCACGCAUCGAGCAACAAUGUUUUACUCAAUAUUUAUGACAUCAUUGAUUAUGAGGUCAUUGCCAUGUAUGUGAUGCCUUUGAAAAUGUGAUGUGUAAACAUUUUUAGGUCGGGAAAAGCGUCAGUUCCUUACUUUGUAAAAUAAUAAGAAAAUGACGUCUCAUGCGCUUCACGUCAUUGCAAUAUUUUUCCUCGCAUGGAUCUUUUCCCAACGCUAUAGCAGUAGCAAAGGCGGCAGCAUAAAUACCACAACUCGUAUAAUCCGGUUGUGUUUGCACCUUUUCAAAAAUUAUAUUGCUCACGUUUAUUUGUGGGAAACGUUUGCGAAUAUAAUACCACCACCACCACCAUCGCAACCACCACCGCUGACGGAGCAACAAACAACGACGACGGCGAUGGUACCAUCGCUACCACCAUCGCAACCACCACCGACGACGGGGCAACAAACAACGACGACAGCGAUAGUACCACCGCCACCACCAUCGCAACCACCACCGCCGACGGGGCAACAAACAACGGAUCAUCCACCGUCAUGGGAUGCAGGAAAAGGAAGAGGAAGAGGAAAAGGAGCGCCCGUAUCGCAUAAACAAGUGAAAAAUAUCAUUCGUCGGGCGCUGCAAGUGGAGAGGAGGAGAAUGGGGUAUACACUACCCCCACCACCGCCGCCUCCCACACCGUAUGCACCGUACGCGCCGUCGCCGCCCACACCGUAUGCACCGUACGCACCGCCGCCGCCCACACCGUAUGUACCGUACGCACCGCUGCCGCCCACACCGUAUGCACCGUACCCAUAUCCAUACAGAUAUUAAAAAUUGUCUUUAAAAAUAUGCCUUCUCCAUUCCAUUCUAUAUAAUAAAUAUCAUAUAAAAAAUA